GUUUACACUAGAAACGUUUAGCAACACAACAAAAAUGCGCAUUUUCGCAUGCAUGAAACUAAUAAUAGCGUCAAGUUACCCAACAAGCAAGUUUGCACUCACUGAACCGGAGCCACACCUUGUAUGUCUUGUGAAAGUUCAGUAAAGAGAAAGUGAGUAUCAUGUUAGACACACGCACACAGUAUGAGAGUGUCCCGCGUAUAGCAAACUCGCCUGUCUAGUAAACUUUCUUUAACCCACUUUCUUCGUCUCUCGUUGAAUAAAUUUUAGUGUAGUGUCGCGUUUGGUGGCCGGUAGUGGUAUGCCGUAGCCCUACCAUCUACCAUCCCAGCAGUCCAGACCCCAGUGGUGGGAUAGUGGGACGUGGGGAUCGAUUUAAGUGGGACAGUGUUUUUUCCCGCGCGACGGCGACGGUGAUAUGUGUGACAUGCAGAAAAUGCCUACCAGAGAUGAUGCUUCUUGUGACGAAGACUCGGAGAUGAAUUUCGCAGCAUUCUCCACAGCGAAUGCUGCGGGCACGCACUUUGUGACCACCACCGGGCAACUGCCGGUUACUAAGCUACAGCAGAAUGUCACCAGCAAUGGAAGCACUUUGCAACAAGUGGUGGGCAUGGUGGGCAGCGACGGCGGCGUGCAGUACGUGCGCGCGGACGGGCUGCAGGCGCCGCAGCUCAUCACGCUGCCCAUCUCCCUGCCCGGGGCCAAGCCGGGCGACCCGCAGCAAACCGUCCAGAUCCAGGUGCUGAGCCCCAACAUCCUGCAGCAGCAGCAGCCCAAGUACCAGAUGCAGAUCCCCAUCCAGGGCUUCCAACAAGUCGCUCUUAGAGGCGGCGCGGUGCUGACGGUGGCGUACUCCCCGGACAACAACGAGGCGGGCAUACAGGUGCUCGGCAACACGCUGCCUGAAGGGCUGCAGGUGCUGGCGGCGCUGCCUCAAGACAUGCAGCUGGUCCAGCAGAUGCAGGACAACAAGGAGCAGAUCCAGCAGACCAUCCAACACCAGGUGUUCAUAACGCCGAACCAGCAGAUAGUGAUCAACGGCCCCGAGGACACCAAACUGAACAACAACAACACCAUCACCAACAACAACCAGGGCGUCACCAACAUCGUCAUCAAGGAGGAAUGCGACGACAACGCCAACGAUGACGUAAGUUGCUCUUUACACGAUCACACCAGACAUAACAACAACAACACCAUCACCAACAACAACCAGGGCGUCACCAACAUCGUCAUCAAGGAGGAGUGCGACGACAACGCCAACGAUGACGUAAGUUGCUCUUUACACGAUCACACCAGACAUAACAACAACAACACCAUCACCAACAACAACCAGGGCGUCACCAACAUCGUCAUCAAGGAGGAGUGCGACGACAACGCCAACGAUGACGAGAGCUCGCAGGGCACGGAGUCGAGUGAGAACAUGCAGUGGCAGAUCACCAGCACGCAGCAGGACCUCAUCAAGUACUUCAAUCAGUUCCAGCCGCAGCAACCCACGCUGCCGGUGUCGCUGCAGCAGUUCCUGCGCAUCAACCCCUCGGACACCAAGAAGGAGCCCGCCGUGGAGAUCGAGGUGCUGCCCAUGGACCAGGACAAGGAGCCCAUGGCCGAGGCCGUCGUCGGAGAAGACGGCUCCCUAAGAAUACAGCCGAAAAAGAAGAAAAAGUACAAAAAGAAAGCGCCGAAACCCGCGCGACCGAAGCCGGGGCAGGUGGUGAUCGCCAACGCGGCCGACGGCUCGCCCAUCUACUGCUGCCCGCAGUGCCAGAUGGCCUACCCUGAGAAGGAGCAGCUUGAGAUGCAUCUGUCGGUGCAUGAGAUCGAGAGGCGGUUCAUCUGUGGCAUCUGUGGGGCCGGUUUGAAACGCAAGGAGCACUUGGAGCGGCAUAAAUUAGGGCACAACCCGGAGCGGCCGUACGUGUGCGGCGUGUGCCGCAAGGGCUUCAAGCGGCGCGAGCACCUCAACCUGCACACCGUCAUACACUCCGGGGUCAAGACCGAAGUCUGCCCAGAGUGUGGGAAAGGUUUCUACCGCAAGGACCACCUGCGCAAGCACAUGCGCUCGCACGAGAGCAAGCGCCUGCGCGACGACGCGGAGGGAGGGGGGGCGGGGGCAGCCUCCACCCCCUCCCCCGCGCCCUGCCCCUCCCCCUCCGCCGGCAACAACUCCAUCCUGCCCGAGAUCACUAUACACGUGCCAACGAGCUCGAACAUGCAGCCGGUGCAGAUCAACAUCCCGCAGCACGUGGUGUCGUCGCUGCAGGCGCAGGCCGCCGCCGACACGCACGCCGCGCAGGCGCAGCUCGACGCGCUGCUCGCGCAGGCGCACGCGCACUCGUGACCACACCCCACCGGG